CGCUCCGACUCUGUGGCCCAACACUUGGUUUUAUGCUCUCAUCCUAUUGUCUGACUUAUUAUGAAAACCCAUUUCUUGAUCCGGGUAUCGAUAGGCGUGACCCUCGAUGGGUGGGUGCUUGGUGGAUUGGGUUUAUUGCAAUCGGCACCGGUAUACUCAUAUUCACAAUCCCAAUGUUUCUAUUUCCCCGAAGUUUUACUAAAAGUGAUAAUAAAACCAGUGAUGCACUCAAUGGUAACGCCAUAGGGAAUAGAAGUCCUGCUAAAGUGUCUCAAGAAAAAACUGUAUGGGAGCGUACUCUACUCCUGGUCAAAAAUCCCAUUUAUGUUUGCUAUGUAUUGGGAACGGCUGCACGACUGUUUGCAGUGCUCGGGUAUAUGACAUUCAAAUCCAAAUACAUUGAGUCUGAGUACAAAACAUCGGCGUCUACUGCCAACCUAUUUUCCGGUGUCGUGCCCACAGCCACCGGUGUAUUCCUGGGCGGACUGUUUAUCCGUAAGUUCCUUCCCGGGCCUCGAGUACUGACAGCUUUCAUAACAAUUGUCGAAAUGAUUGGAGCGAUGGGUAUGUUCUCAGCCCUAUUCCUGGGUUGCCCGCAGUCCCAGUUCGCGGGAACUACACUCCAGUCACAAUUUGAGUUGCAAUCCCAGUGCAACUCCCAGUGCCAAUGUUCAACUAAAUUGUUUCAACCCAUCUGUGGUCCCGACAAUAUAACCAACUAUUUCUCGCCCUGUUUUGCCGGAUUUCAUAUAAUACUAGAUUUGAGUUGCAAUCCCAGUGCAACUCCCAGUGCCAAUUUAUACUCAGACUGCGAUUGCUUUGAGGGAUCGGCAACCGAUGGCUACUGUGAAACGGAUUGUGGCAAUAAUUUUCACAUUUAUAUCACACUUUUAGGCAUAAGUAAUAUAAUCGGGUGUUUGGCUAAAACGGGAAACAAUAUCAUAUCGCUUCGAAUCGUUAGGAAAGAGGAUAAAACGUUCAUACCGUACCCACUGGUCUACGGAGCGGUAGCCGAUGCCUCGUGUCUGAUAUGGGAGUCCAGUUGUGGACAAAAAGGCAACUGUUGGGCGUACGACACGCCGACAUUCCGGCGCCGACUGCACGGCCUAACACUCGGCCUCUACUUCUUCGGCAGUCUCUUCGAUAUAAUCAAUCAAGAAUUAGGCAACUGUUGGGCGUACGACACGCCGACAUUCCGGCGCCGACUGCACGGCCUAACACUCGGCCUCUACUUCUUCGGCAGUCUCUUCGAUAUAAUCGUCAUAUUCUUGUCCUCAAGAAUCAAGAAUUUAUACGACGAUGACGUCGAUGGACAGGAAUCGGACAGUUUGUCGGACAUGAAACUCAAUACAAUCGGUGGACAGACAUCUCAACCCAAA